CUGGGUGUGGUUUCUCUCCAUCUGUUCCGGGUGGCCUCCCUCGCCCUGCGGCUCACGGAUCUGUCAGGGUGUUGUCACAAACAGUGGCUGGAAUCACCAUCUGCUUCCAAUAACACUAUGACAAUCUGCAGGACGCUCGCCAAGAACCUGCACUGUGAAGGACUGCAGACGCUUUAGAGGAGCAAGAGGGGAAAAAAGAGGAAAAACUUGGAAACUAAAACCAGGACGUGGAGCUGACGUUUAAUUGUGGUUGAGCUGAGUCAUGGAGCUGGGGUUGGAAACUUUUCUGUUACUCUGUGGAUUUCUCCCUUUCAUUCUGAGUUUGGAAAUGUGGUUCUCCGGUAAGACAUGAAGGAGCUGUUGUAGCGGUGGAAGGAUAAAUCUACUUGUUUUCAACAUACUGGAGGGGAAACAGGUUGGACUUUGGGGACUUUUCAACAUUUCUUGCAUCAUUAAUACUAAAUGAGAGUUGCAUGAUCCUGGAGGUUUUUAUACAAAAGUGCAUGACAAACAGACGCAUGAGCACCAAUAACACCCUCCUUAACUGCAUUUUUUCUGACUUAAGAUAGGAAAAUGUUGCACUUCCGUCUCAGAUAUGAGCUGUUUUAAGUGUUCAAACAAUGUUGACACCGUGGAAAAGACUCUUCAACAACUUCCAGCUCCCUACACUCUGGAUAAUGUUUUCUUUCUGAGUGACUUAUGAGCAAUGGAGGAGCAAACCGCCAUCCUAAAAUGCUUCAGAAUCCUCUCAGAGGAGGAGAAUGAGGACAUAAUGCAUGGAGACAGUGAGCUGAGUUUAGAUAUGAAGAAAAAUGGUUUUGAGGAAGCUGUGAAGAACAAUAGAGACUCCUUAUCACAUGUGAAACCGCUUCAUGAUGGGGAGAACAUGACCUGUAAUACAGUGAGACAUAUAACUAAAGGAGAAGUAGGAAAUGAGUCAGACAUGGCAGAGGCGGAGAGGAGUAAUGUCAACCUAACAGAGCAGCAGAACGUGGUUUCAAACGCUGGAAAUAACUCAGAGAAACAGACCUUUGCAACAAAUCAAGAGGAGAAUAAGACGCCAGACGAAUGCUGUGUCAAAGUUAACGGCUGCAGCAAAGAGGAAUGUCACAUAAUUGAGAACUCGCAGGAUGAAUGUGCCUUUAAAGAAUCUGUGCAACCAAGAUGUCAACAGGUUUCAACUGACUGCAUUACUACAGGUUGGGAUUCUCUUUCCAAUCAGGAUGCCACUGAAGAAGCUAAUGAGAAAGAAAGAAAAGACUAUGAAAAUGUUCAGAUCCAGGACGAUUUCGCCACAAAUGCUUCCAGUUCAGACGUUGGUUUUGACCCUGAAGAAACUGCAACAAGUAGAUCUAAAAAUGUAGUGAUAACCGUGACUCGGACUGAGGAAGAGCAAAUAUUAACACCAACAUUUGAGCAUACUGAUGGGUCUUUUAAAUGUAAAAAUGAGGAGGAGAGGACCGGUUCAGUGGACAGCGAAGAAGAAGAAGAAAAACAAGAUGAAUUUCCAGACUUUUCCGCCCCACUUUACCACCCUCCAGGCCCAAGAGACCCUUUACUAAAUUUUUCCAUAACACCUGCAACCAAUAACCCUCCACCUGGAUCCACCUUCACCAGAGCCACCUUCAAACCAAGCUCCCCCACGGACAAGCAGAUCCAGCUCCCGGCCCUGUUUAGCGGCUUAAGGGUCCUGAGGAAGGGUGUGGUCGGGCCUGAGCAUGACACCGUGGCCCAGAUCAAAACUUCAUCAUCAGCAAAGAGAGACCUUCUCCCCGAUAAACAAUCGGAUGCUAAAUUCCAGGGGAGCUUCCUGAACCACAUCUCACAGCUGCUGAACCGAGACAAGAGUGAUGAGGCAGAGGAGAGGACGGAAAUGGAGGCUGAAGAAGAGGAGAAUGAGAUUGAAAAAAGUCAAGAGGACGAGAGGAAGGAAGUCGAAACAGAGGAGGAAGAAGAGGUUUCAUCUGAGUCCUCGAAGCCUCCUGUGUCCAGCGCAGAGGCUGCCUUCGAUGCCUUCAAAGCCUUUUUCACCCCGAAGCCUCUGAAGAGGGACCCGGCAGAUAAGAUAGACCUGGACGCAGUGAGGAAGAAGAUAAGAGAUAAAGAUGUUCUGAAGGCGCUUUUUGAGAGAUCCUCCAAUAAGACGCUGGAGAAGAAAGACUCUCCUGAUGGCAAAUCAGAAGCGUCCACCCCAGGAGAUGGAGAGGAGAGAACUCCCGGUCGCCUUCAUGCCGUCUGGCCGCCACUGAAGGAGGAAAAAGUUGGUCUAAAAUACACAGAAGCAGAGCACCAGGCGGAUCUCCUGCAGCUGAAGAGAGAAUGCAAAGAGGAGCUGGAGACGUUACAGGAGGACUUUGGUCGGGAGCUCUCCAGACUGCGGGUGGAGAACGAGGACAAUGUCGCCCGUCUGGAGUCCACUGUCUACGAGCUGCAGGCCCAACUCUCCCAGGCUGGGACCCGGCAUCACGGGGAACUCAAGGACGUCGCUGUAUCAACGGGAGAUGACUUUUUACACAAGUCUUUCCGCACAGUUUGCGUCCAGACCGACAGGGAGACUUUUGUUAAGACUCUUGAGGACGGAGAAGGUGCAGCGAGAGCGGGCACGAGCCCCCAGCAGCAGAGGGUGACCCCCAAAAAGCUGGACCUGACGUCUAUCAGUCUCAGCCUGGCCGGGCACAGGGACGAUACUUCCUCUUUUUCACAUGACCCUCCAUCACUUCCUCCUCCUGUGCAGCCUCCAUCAGAACAACCGCCAGCUCCUUCUCAGACAACCAAAACACACAACCUGCCUCCUCCUCCUCCACCACCUCCGCCAUGUUUGUCUUCACCUCUAAACCUCAUGCAGAAUUCACAUAGCGCUCCACCACCGCCGCCGCCACCACCACCUCCUCCAUCAACGCCAGGCUCAGCUCCCCCACCACCACCUCCUCCAUCAACGCCAGGCUCAGCUCCCCCACCUCCUCCUCCUCCAGCUUGGGGUUUCAUUGUUGAAAAGCCUCCCAGGAAACCGACAGUGGAGCCGUCCCGACCCAUGAAGCCUCUCUACUGGACCAGAAUCCAGAUCAAGGACAGCAAGAGCACACUGUGGAACAUUUUAGAGGAACCGAAUAUAAUAAAUCCCGGUCAGUUUGAGGAACUUUUUGCAAAAACCAUCACACACACCAAGAGGAAGCCGCUGUCUGAAGCUUAUGAGAAGAAAGCCAAAGCCAGGAAGAUCAUUAAGCUGUUGGAAGGGAAGCGCUCUCAGGCCGUGGGCAUCCUCAUAUCAAGCCUCCACCUGGAGAUGAAGGACAUCCAGCAAGCUGUUCUGGCAGUAGAUCACUCCGUGGUGGACUUGGAGACCAUCGAAGCACUUUAUGAAAAUAGAGCACAGCCAGAAGAACUGGAGAGGAUAAAGAAACAUUACGAAACCUCCGAGGAAGAGGAUGUGAAACUGCUGGACAAACCUGAACAGUUCCUGUAUGAGCUGUCUCAGAUCCCGGACUUUGCAGGCAGAGCUCACUGCAUCAUCUUCCAGGCGGCUUUCAUAGAUGGGAUCGCAUCCAUCCAAAGCAAGCUCAACACAAUUUCAUCCGUCUGUAAGGCUCUGCUGGAGAGUGAAGGUGUGAUGGAUGUGAUGGGGCUGGUGUUGGCUCUGGGGAACCACAUGAACGGAGGAAACAGGACCCGAGGUCAAGCGGACGGCUUCGGACUCGAGAUUCUUCCCAAACUGAAGGAUGUCAAGAGCAGAGACAAUCGUAUCAGCCUGGUGGACUAUGUGGUGUCGUACUACCUGCACAAUGUAGAUAAGAACGCCGGCACAGACAAGAGUGUCUUCCCACUUCCUGAACCUCAGGACGUCUUCCUGGCUGCACAGGUCAAGUUCGACGACCUGAACAGAGACCUGAGACAGCUCGGACGAGAUCUGACAAGCUGUGAGAAAGAUGUAAGGAACGUUUGCUCUGAUUCUCCGGAAGAAAACCUGCAGCCGUUUAAGGACAAGAUGGAGGCUUUUGUUCUCAGGGCGCGUAAGGAACAUGCAGAGGCUUCUUAUCAGUUGAUGACCGUACAGAAAAGUUUUCAGGACCUGACUCUGUACUUUGGACUGAAGCCUAAGUCAGGGGAGAAGGAGGUGACCACCGGGCAUCUCUUCAUGCUCUGGUUUGAGUUUUGUGCCGACUUCAAGGCCAGGUGGAAGAGGGAGAACAAGAACAUCUCUAAUGAAAGAUUAAAAGAGGCUCAGCAGUCAGUGAAGAGGAUCACAUCGGAGAAGAAGGUGGAGACCAGAAAGAUCAACCCCAACAGCCUGAAAGAGAGACUGCGUCAGAAAGAAUCCAACAUCUCUUCGACUUAAGACGGACGAAAUAUAAAGCUGACUGAUUGGGAUCAAUAAAACCAUCUUGGGUUGGACUGGAAAUGGACCAAUAUUUUGUCACUUUUACCUAAAGAAAUCUAUCAUUCACUGACAGUUUUGUUGAAUAUUUGCCACCCUGAAUGACUUUUGAUUUGUCAGAUUUUAACGUGCAAUAUUUAGAAUUUGAUAUCAUGAAACUUAGUGCUAUAUUUAUUUUUGUGUAUUGCAUUUUCUAAGCCAAUGAUUUGCAUCUUUAAUCCUAAUAGAACAUUUUUCUACGAAUAAAAUCCCUGAUUGAUAAAAUA